GUCUGAAGUCGCCUAUUUCAGCUGCGGCGCUGGAGACGCGUGAGCCGAGCCCACCUGCAAAGUUCUGCAGCGCCGCUCAGACACCAUGGCGGACAACCGGGAUCCAGCCAGCGACCAGAUGAAACACUGGAAGGAGCAGAGGGCCGCGCAGAAACCUGAUGUCCUGACCACUGGUGCCGGUAAUCCAGUAGGAGACAAACUCAAUGUUCUGACGGUAGGGCCCCGAGGGCCCCUUCUCGUCCAGGAUGUGGUUUUCACUGAUGAAAUGGCUCACUUUGACCGGGAGAGAAUUCCUGAGAGAGUCGUGCAUGCCAAAGGAGCAGGGGCUUUUGGCUACUUUGAGGUCACACAUGACAUUACCAGAUACUCCAAGGCGAAGGUGUUUGAGCAUAUUGGAAAGAGGACGCCCAUUGCAGUUCGCUUCUCCACUGUUGCUGGAGAAUCAGGCUCAGCUGACACAGUGCGUGACCCUCGUGGCUUUGCAGUGAAAUUUUACACAGAAGAUGGUAAUUGGGAUCUUGUUGGAAAUAACACCCCCAUUUUCUUCAUCAGGGAUGCUCUAUUGUUUCCGUCCUUUAUCCACAGCCAGAAGAGAAACCCUCAAACACACCUGAAGGAUCCGGACAUGGUCUGGGACUUCUGGAGCCUGCGUCCUGAGUCUCUGCAUCAGGUUUCCUUCCUGUUCAGUGAUCGAGGGAUUCCAGAUGGACACAGGCACAUGAACGGAUAUGGAUCACAUACUUUCAAGCUGGUUAAUGCUAAUGGAGAGGCAGUUUAUUGCAAAUUCCAUUAUAAGACUGAUCAGGGCAUCAAAAACCUUUCUGUUGAAGAUGCAGCAAGACUUGCCCACGAAGAUCCUGACUACGGCCUCCGCGAUCUUUUCAAUGCCAUCGCCACAGGCAACUACCCCUCCUGGACUUUAUACAUCCAGGUCAUGACAUUUAGUGAGGCAGAAACUUUUCCAUUUAAUCCAUUUGAUCUUACUAAGGUUUGGCCUCACAAUGACUACCCUCUUAUCCCAGUUGGUAAACUGGUCUUAAACCGGAACCCAGUUAAUUACUUUGCUGAAGUUGAACAGUUGGCUUUUGACCCAAGCAACAUGCCACCCGGCAUCGAGCCCAGCCCUGACAAAAUGCUUCAGGGCCGCCUUUUCGCCUAUCCUGACACUCACCGCCACCGCCUGGGACCCAACUAUCUCCAGAUACCUGUGAACUGCCCCUACCGUGCGCGAGUGGCCAACUACCAGCGCGACGGCCCCAUGUGCAUGAUGGACAAUCAGGGUGGGGCUCCAAAUUACUACCCCAAUAGCUUUAGUGCUCCCGAGCAUCAGCCUUCUGCCCUGGAACAUAGGACCCACUUUUCUGGGGAUGUACAGCGCUUCAACAGUGCCAACGAUGACAAUGUCACUCAGGUGCGGGAUUUCUAUUUGAAAGUACUGAAUGAGGAGCAGAGGAAACGCCUGUGUGAGAACAUUGCGGGCCAUCUGAAAGACGCACAGCUUUUUAUCCAGAAGAAAGCGGUUAAGAACUUCAGUGAUGUCCAUCCUGAAUAUGGCUCCCGCAUCCAGGCUCUUUUGGACAAAUACAAUGAGGAGAAACCUAAGAACGCAGUUCACACCUACGUGCAGCAUGGGUCUCACUUGUCUGCAAGGGAGAAAGCUAAUCUCUGAGGGUCGGGGGCCCUGGUUCUGCACCACCUUGCCAUCCGCCUGUGAAGCAAAGCCUGUGUUCACACCUGUACCCACUGAUCGCUGGAUGGAAGAUUCUCCUGCACUAGACGUGCAAAUGCAAGCUUGUGUCUGCAAAAUGAUAAUCCAGAUUUCUAUCACAAAUGAUGUAAUAAUGGCUUUUAAUCCUACUUUCCUGUGGAUGAAUGAAGGUUAGGGCUUAACAAUCAUUUAAAAGAAACAUGUAUUUGCUUUUGACAGCUGAUUAUUCACUUAAAAUGACUAGAAUGAAAGUUUCUAGCAGAAAUACAAUUUUAUUUGACAAGAAAAAAUCUUAGUGACAUUAAUGUUUACAUAUCAUCUCAUGGCCUAUUUUAUAAAAAUAUCACUGUAAUUAUAUAAGAAGAAAAGAUAAAGAUAAUUUACUGAGAAAUUUAAAUUUUUCUAAGUUCCCAUGAGGAAGAACACAUUGCUAUCUUUUGAAAAUAACUUCAGCACCAUCAUGGCUUGAUGUUUAUUCCUGCUUUGAAUUAAUCAGAUUUUUUAAAACUUGGAAUUACAUUUAUCCUAAUACAGCACUGAUUUUGCAGUAGACUGAUUUGUAAUUGCUUUCCUUUUUCCAAUAAAAUA